AUGGAGGCUGUGACAUGCUUCUGGUCACAGAUAGAUACCCGACAUGCCAGCCAGCCUGCCUGCAAAGAUCCCGCCGUCACCUGCCCCGUCGACUUUACUCUACACCCCAAACGCUGCCAGGCUGCCAGCUUCCGCUAUCCGCAAUUCCUCUUUCCUCCGCUAGAAAAAGAUGUUUCUGUUUCCCGGGAGGGAACAAGCAUGCCCGCUACCCGCCGUCGCAACAAUAGCCUGAAUGGGGCAGUCAGCACCAUUAAGUUCUUCCUCUCAGAGGCCUUCCUGGGCCAGCACUUUGAGGCUGUGGAGUUGGAGGGCUGCGAGCCAGAGCCAGGAGACCUCUUCCUGUUCCGGUUGAUGUCUCCUACAGGACGUUGGUGUGGGGCACACGUGGGUGUGUACUGUGGCCAGGGAGAGAUCAUCCACUUUGAGGGCAAGAACCCCGGGGGUCGUGGACUCAACACGUUUCUAGGCUCCUGGGAGGGCGUUGUGUAUAAACAGGGCCAGCGCCCGAUGCUGCGCUCUCGCUCACUCUGGCGUGUGCUGCGUAGACGCGGCGGUGUGGAUCGCGCUGCACUGGAGAGACGCGUGCGCGAGGCCAUGGACGCGGACCCACCUCUCUACCAUCCUACGCGCAGUAACUGCGUGCACUUCGCGCUGAGUCUGCUCGGCCCGAGUCCAGGCUUGCAAUCCCUCCAAAUACACAGGCGCUCCAGUGGCUCGGUCCAAAGCCCCCGAAUGAAACUAGGCACGCUAGGAGCUAAACUAGGCAUCCUCAUCGAGGGCCAACCCUUCUGA